UGACUGCGACCUGAUGAUAAUCUCUCUGUCUUAUCUGGCAAACGUACCAGCAGGUGGAAUUCAACGACGAGACAUGUUUGCUAAAAUGAAUAUGUUAAUAUUAUUAACUGUUUUUAUUCCAACAUGUUAUUGUGCUUCCUUGAGCUUAUUCAAUGCAAAUGGCACAGCAAGUUUCAAUCCUAGUCAGAUGUCAGCUGGUCAGUUUAGUCCAAACUCUGGAGCUGGAACAUUUGACCCAAAUAAAUUAGGAGCUGGAUCCUUCAACCCUAAUAGUCUUGGAUCAGGAAGUUUUAAUCCAAACAGUGUCGGAUCCGGAAGCUUUAAUCCAAACUCUAUGGGAGCGGGAUCGUUCUCUCCAAAUAGUAUGGGAUCAGGCACAUUCGAUCCGAACAAGGCCCCAUCUGCAAACUUUGAUCCAAAUAAGUUUGGAAAGAAAUAAAAGCAUAACAUAUCAUUUGCAA